AACCAAAGAGUGAUUUUAUCGGCAGUGUCGAUAAGAUAGAGUAGCUACGUAAUUUCUUAAGUGAACACAGAUGGCGGUAGUAAACGAGAUGUUUGCUGAACGUCCGACGAAAAUAACGGGAUGGCCGCAGGCUUCUCAGGAGUGUAUGUGAAUGUGAGCGUGUGUGAUGUGCAUGCCGCGAAGUGGCAGCCAUUACGGGUUCGUUCUCGGGACGCGUCUUUGUUGAACGCACGAUUUCUCGCACCGUCUAUCAUCGGUGAAGUGUGUCGGAAAAACCGUCAAAGCUAAUCGACGAUCUGAAUUAUGGCCAACAUGGAUAUGGAAAGAUCGAGCAACGGCGAUUACAAGUAUCAGAGAGAUGUCGACGACGUCGACGUUAAAUCUAGAAUGGACAAAGAGUCCGACGAAAAGGAGCAUCAAAUUGACAAGGCGGGCGAAUACGUGCGCGAGCUUCUUCAGGAAAAGCUUGAGCUCGACAAUCAAAAGUCGCCCAUUGCCCUUCGAUUGCUCGAUCAAGAGAUCCAAAAAACGCAAGCUAUUGGAAAACCAUUAAGGGAUCCAAAAUAUGUGGAUAUUUACCGUGAAAAACCAGUUCGUAUUUCUGUAAAAGUUUUAGUACCUAUUCGCGAGCAUCCUAAGUUUAAUUUUGUUGGGAAAUUGCUGGGCCCAAAAGGUAAUUCCAUGAAACGCCUGCAAGAAGAAACAAUGUGCAAAAUGGCAGUGUUAGGUAGAGGAUCGAUGAAAGAUAGACAAAAAGAAGAAGAAUGUCGUGCUUCUUUGGAUCCGAAAUAUGCGCAUCUUUCUGAUGAUCUACAUGUAGAGAUCACAGCAAUUGCACCACCAGCUGAAGCUUAUGCUCGUAUUGCAUUUGCUCUCGCCGAGGUACGGAAAUAUUUGAUUCCCGACAACAAUGAUAACAUACGUCAAGAGCAAAUGCGCGAAAUGGAAAUGAACAUAUCUAGUGAUAUAUCUGAUGAUCGAAGACCUUCGAUGAGAGGACCUUCUAGUGGUCCUGGUACUGGUAAUAUAUUAAGACCUGCUGCAAGACCGACAUUACCUAGAACGUCUAGAGCUAUACUUCCUCCGCCACCUACAAAUCGUGGUCCACUUUCUCGACCUGUACCGCCAAAAUCAAAAGUAUUCUCAAUCUUGGAUCGUGCAAGAGCUGCUAUGGAUCAAAACUUUAGCUACGAAACACCAACCCCUCCACCAACAAAUCGCGCUGGAUCGCAUCAUGAUUAUGAUUAUCAUGGAUCGUCAACUAGUAGUGCUCGAUAUGGCGAUCGACAUUAUACACCGAGUUCUGGUUAUACAACUUAUGAAUACGAGGACGAUUCUGCACCACAUUCUUCACAUGAUUAUUACGAAUCUUCAGACUAUCCAGAGGAAUCGUCAAGCCGCGCUUGGAAAUCGUACAAGACUACAACGACAUCAGGCACAGCCUCGCGUUACCGCACCACCCCGUAUACACGACCUUCCAACGUUGUUGCAAAUCCAUUGGCGGCUAAUCUUCCUAAUGCUGCACGGCGGCCUAUGAUGCAGAAACCAAUAAAUGAAAGAAAUCGUCCUUAACUGAUCUGAAAAACGGAGGCUAAGACGAUCUCUCAGUUUUUGCGAUCGCUGGAUAAACAAGAGUAUAUAAAUAGAAAUUAAACUAUCAUUAAAAUAUAAGCAAACGUAAUAGUAUUAACGCGGCCGAUCAUUUACAUAAAAAUUUAUUCCGUUGACAACUCUUUUUAAUCACUUUAUAUCAUAAUUAAUUCAAUAUACCGGUCAUUCUCCAUUAACUCCGCUCCUUUAGUCCUUUUCCUAAAAUUUUGGCCCACAGAGGAAUUUAACUAUUGACAUGGAGUAAAGGAUCAAGAGGAUUGAUGGGAUGAAAUAAGUAAAACGAUUGAACAAGUGUUUAAUAUUACAAAAUGAAAAAACUAUGAAAUUCAUCAAUCAUAUAUUCAAUGUUAUAUAUAAACUAAGUGUCGAUACAUAAAUCACAAUCUUAAUGAUUCUAACCAUAUUAUGGAAUCAUCUUUUCUAUAUAUCCUUUGUACUUAAUAUCUUCAAUUUGAAAUUUCGAUAAUAUAAAGG